AGGUUCAGGGUGCCAAGGAUAAGAGUUAAUCUGUUGUCAAAAUUUUGCUCAAUUAAUAAGAGAAGAGACUUCAUUGUUCAUGGAGUUUUUCAUCAGUAUGUCUGAAACCAUUAAAUAUAAUGACGACGAUCACAAAACUGUGUUCCUGAAAACAUUAAAUGAACAGCGAUUGGAAGGAGAAUUUUGUGACAUAGCUAUUGUUGUAGAAGACGUGAAAUUCAGAGCCCAUAGGUGUGUGCUUGCUGCUUGCAGUACCUACUUUAAAAAGCUUUUCAAAAAACUGGAAGUUGAUAGCUCAUCAGUGAUAGAGAUUGAUUUCCUUCGCUCUGAUAUAUUUGAGGAAGUUCUAAAUUAUAUGUACACAGCCAAGAUUUCAGUUAAGAAAGAAGACGUAAACUUAAUGAUGUCGUCUGGUCAAAUUCUUGGUAUUAGGUUUUUGGAUAAACUCUGUUCUCAAAAACGUGACGUUUCCAGUCCAGAAGAUAAUUCACAAUCAAAAAAUAAGUAUUGUCUUAAAAUAAAUCGAUCGAUUGGUGAGUCUCAUGAUAACCAAGAUGAUGAAGUGGAAGAAAUUGGAGAUCAUGAUGAUACUCCAUCAGAUAUGACAAUGGAAGGGACUCCUCCUAGUCAAGAAGAUGGAAAAUCACCAACUGCUACUUUAAGGGUUCAGGAAGCAAUUUUGAAAGAGUUGGGGAGUGAAGAGGUUCGAAAGGUAAAUUGCUAUGGUCAGGAAGUAGAGUCCAUAGAGACUGCUGAAACAAAAGAAUUAGGAUCCCAGACUCCUCAAGCGCUAGCAUUUAAUGAUGGCAUAAGCGAGGUAAAAGAUGAGCAGACACCAGCAUGGACAACAGCAGCUGGUGACAUGAAGUUUGAGUAUUUGCUUUAUGGUCACAGGGAGCAGAUUGCAUGCCAGGCAUGUGGUAAGACAUUUUCUGACGAAGCACGAUUGAGAAAACAUGAAAAGCUUCAUACUGCUGAUAGACCAUUUGUUUGUGAAAUGUGCACUAAAGGCUUUACUACUCAAGCCCACUUGAAAGAACACCUAAAGAUCCACACGGGUUACAAGCCCUAUAGCUGUGAAGUGUGCGGAAAGUCUUUUAUCCGUGCUCCAGAUCUCAAGAAGCACGAAAGAGUUCACAGUAAUGAAAGGCCAUUUGCCUGCCACAUGUGCGACAAAGCUUUCAAGCACAAGUCCCAUCUGAAAGACCACGAACGAAGACACCGAGGAGAAAAGCCUUUCGUCUGCAGCUCUUGUACUAAAGCGUUUGCCAAAGCAUCUGAUUUAAAAAGACACGAGAACAAUAUGCACAGUGAAAGGAAACAGGUAACUACAACGAGUGCUCUCCAAAGUGAAACAGAACAGUUACAGGCAGCGGCUAUGGCUGCUGAAGCAGAACAGCAACUUGAAACCAUAGCUUGCAAUUAA